GAAUUUAUAACGUUCAGAAUGACAAUGACUAUCUCAGCUCUCCCCCUCCGCCGCACCGCCGGCCUUCUCUCCCGCACCCGCCUCGCUGGCACACCCCUCCGCUUCGCAAGCACCAAGAAAGCACAGAGUACGAAAGAAGCCGACCCAGCCUUUAGCUCCAACGCCAAGAACCCCGUCUCCAGCAGCGGCGCCUCACAAUCUAUCAACCUGUCGCGCGGCAAGGAAGCUCGAUCCUCUGAUACAGCGGAUACGCGAUCCGUGCAGAGCCCUAUUUCGUCACAGGAUGGACCGACGAGCGAGCAGCAUGCCGGAGAGGAGCAGACGAGCGCGGACGCAAUGAUCAAGAAUGACCCCAGCGAACCGGCCGAGAAAAAGAGGGCGAAUGUAGAAGCGGCAGGGAGGAGGAAGUUGGGACCCGAGGAUGAUCAGUGAUCUAAAGGUUUAGAAGAGGAUUGAAACUGAGCU